CGCAUGCGUCGAGCCGAAGAGGUUCCGACGCUCUCAGUGGGCGUCUCGGUGUGCGCGCUGGAAGAUGGCUGAGCCGGUGCGGAAGUCUGUGCUGUUCGUGUGUCUGGGUAACAUCUGUCGGUCACCCAUUGCAGAAGCAGUUUUCAGGAAACUUGUAACUGAGCAAAAGCUUUCCGAUCAUUGGCUCGUUGACAGCGGCGCGGUGUCUGACUGGAACGUGGGCCGGUCCCCAGACCCGAGGGCUGUGAGCUGCCUCAGAACUCAUGGCAUGAACACAGCCCACAAAGCCAGACAGGUUACCAAGGAAGACUUUGUCACGUUUGAUUAUAUACUUUGUAUGGAUGAAAGCAAUUUGAGAGACUUGAACAGAAAGAGCAAUCAAAUUAAAAAUUGCAAAGCCAAAAUUGAACUCCUUGGGAGCUACGAUCCACAGAAACAGCUUAUUAUCGAAGACCCCUAUUACGGGAAUGAGUCCGACUUCGAGACCGUCUACGAGCAGUGUAUGAGGUGCUGCAGGGCCUUCUUGGAGGAGGCCCGCUGACACCGCCCCCGGCCCCCCGGCCCCCCGGCGAGCCCCGCAGGUGCUGCACUGAGGCCGCGGCUGCUUCUUCAGUUCACCCUGUUUCUCACUUUAAAUACUUGUAGAUGGAAAUCAGUUAUUGUAUUUGACAAAUAAAUAGAAAUGUUUCAUCCAGUUUAGGGGGUAACGAAGUGUUCUUAGACGAGUUGAACCUCCCGCUUUGCCCCAGUUACAAAAAUAAUGGAACAGACAAAAUAGCAGAACUUGACCCCCAGAGCACAAAGACGUCCAGCAGCCCCGCAGGCCAGGUGGGCACACGACCGCCGCCUCUUCUUCCCUGAGUUCGGGGACCACCGGUGGGGACGAUGCGGUCUGCUGGCUGCAUGGUGUCUCCCCGCCAGGGCCCCUCCUCCAGCGGGCGGGCCAGCGCGGGGCCUCCCCUGGCUUACAGUGCAUACCGUUGACGUGGAAAGUGGGAAAGAGAGAGUGAAGGUGUUAAUCUCUAGAACCUUUAAUACUUGCUAGUUUUUGUCUGUCUAGUUUAUUUCAGAAGGAAGUCCGCUUCUUUCCAUUUGAACCAUUUUGCCACUGGAAAUUUAAUUGCAUCCAGUAAGAAAGACACUGUCUGCUGGUUUUGCUGUUAAAUGCUGUAUGACCCAAAUGCCGAAUACAGCUCAGGUGGGAAAGGAAACCAUUAAAAAGUCGGGAAAAGUUCUUUUAUGUUGGAAUACUUAAAUAUUGAUACGUUAAGUAUUCUUUCUUCAGUGUUUAAUUUAUAGACAAAUAUAGGUAACUUCUUUGUGCUUGGAGAUAACUAUUCUAAAAUUCAUAUGAAUAUAUGGCAGAAAAGAUUGUUUUCAAAAUCAACUGGGGAGAUUAUAAAAAUACAACUAAGAAGUCUGGCAUCUGCCUGCUUUUUUAUUGAUAAGUGAAGAAGAAUUAGAAAACAGUGCUUUUGUUGUCCCUUUCAGAUGAUCUGUGAUGCUAUAUAUGCAUAUUUAUCCUCAGUGUUAGGAAGCAAAAUGACAAAAAUAAGUGUAUUACUUCCAUUUAUGAUAAAGUGUUUGUGAAAGAAAUAUGAGGCCCCUGCAGCCAUAAAUGUCCUUGCCUGACCCCGCCAUGUGCAGAGUGUGACGUCCUGCUCCUUGGAGCCUCCUGGGUGGCAUGGGAAGACGGGGGACAGCUUGUGUCUUCCUGUCCUUUACCCUGAUUCAUCGCUGGCGGUCUGGACUCCUGGGAGAGCCCUCACUCACUGGUCGGUCUUCAUCCAGAGUCUGAGUGCAUCACUGCUCAGAAGCAGAGCGAAUUUAGAGGAACAGCUGCCCCACCAGGGUGCCUGCUUCUGGGUUUUGUGGGGCUUCCAGUCUUCGGAGAGCCUGAGGGGCCCUGGUGGGGCCUGAGGGGGACGUUCAGUCCUGGAGUCUCCUCUCCCCUGGAGGAUGAGCGGGCCAGUUUUCCCGCACCCCGCCAGGAAGUGUGUCCAGCUCCCUGUGGAAUUACCUGAAGAGAGUCCUACCUGGAAACUCUUCCUCGGACACGGUGGAACCUCAAAGUUAAAUGUAGUGAGAAAUUGGUGAUGAUACCCUAAAAAGUAAAGAAUUGAGCUGAAAAGAUCAAGUAAUUAACCACAAUUAGAAAAUAGGAUUAAGAGCACUUCAGAGUUACACUCUGCCUUCCUCAGUAGUUGCUUAGUAAUCUCAAAUUUCCUACUCGAUUCCUUCGUGAUCGUGAAUGAAUCCCUAUCAUUGGUUUUCUUUACUGUUUGUAUACGUAUCUGAAAUAUGGGCCUCGGACACAUCCCAUGACACAUGUCCACUUUGUGCUUAUGUCCGUUUCCAGAGGAGAGGCCAUUUGAACAGAGAAACUCAACUGCUGACUUGAGUUGUCUUAAAUUGGAUGCAGUCUUUUGUUCAAAAUAGAUCACCUAUAAAAAUCUGGAGCCAC